AUGCUUUCCACAAGUAUCAUUCUCAAUUCAUUACUUAACAGAAAUGUCUUCUUGAAUGCUGAACCUUCAAUUGAAGGCUCAAAAAUGACAAUCACAACUCAAAAUGAUAUUGAUUCAGUCGGAAAAAUUAUAAAUCUGGCAAACACGAAAAAGAUUGCAACAAUUAUUGUUUCUGGUGAUGAAAUUACUGAACUUAGGUCAUUUUCAAAUCUUAAUUCUCUCAAAAAUUUCCAAAUUACAGCACCAAAAGUAACAGAAUUACCUUCUUCAUGUUUUGCAUACUGUUCUAACUUAGAAACGGUUACUCUCACAAAAAGUAUUACUAGAAUUAACAGUUAUUGCUUCAUUCUUUCAGGUCUUUCCAAAAUUGACCUUACUUACGUAGAAGAGUUAGGUGAAUCUGCAUUUGCAUAUUGUCCAAAUCUUUUACAAAUAAAUUUGAAUCAACAAAAAAUGAACCAAUCAAUUUUACUUGGCUCUGCUAUUAAAGAUGUUGUAUUUGGAUUAAAUGUAUGGAAAAUUCCAAGGAGUGCCUGUCAGCAUUGCUAUAACAUUGAAUCAAUUACAAUUACAAGUAAUGUUAAACAUAUUGGUACUUAUGCAUUUGAUAAUUGUUUGAAUCUCGCAACAGUCAAAUUUGAUGGAACAUCAUCCCUCAAGGUAAUUGGUGAAUUAGCUUUCAGAAAUACUAAAAUUAGUAGUUUCCAUUUUCCAAAUUCAUUAGAAGACAUAAGUUACGGAGCAUUCCAAAAUACAAUGUUUACAGAACUUAAGAUUGAAACUAAAAAUCGUUUAUACCUCACUGAGGGAUUUUCAAAUUGUCUUUAUCUUAAAAAAGUUAUACUAAAUAAUGUAACAUUAAGCAAAGGUGCUUUUAAGAAAUGUAUUGCAUUGGAGAGUGUGACAUUGAUAGAAAUAAGUAGUAUUUACAAUGAAGCUUUUUCAGAAUGUACAUCAUUAAAAGAAGUCACUGGAACUUUCACAUAUGUUGGAAACUAUUCUUUUUAUCGUUGUGUAAAUCUUGAGAAAUUCAAUCUGGCCAAAGUUACACAAAUUGGUUACAAAGCAUUCAUGUUUUGCUCUAAAUUAGAAGUUGAAUUUCCCAACCAACAAAUAUAUAUUAGUGAUUUCGCUUUUGCUUACUGCGACAAAAUAAACACUACAACAGUUUAUGAAGAUGAUUACAUUGGUGCAUAUGCAUUCACACGAUGUAAUGGAAUCACAGAUUUGAAAUUCUAUGGUAUCAAUAUCUCAUAUGGAGUUUUUAGUGGAUGUAUGAAUUUGAAAUCUGUUGAUUUCACAAAUAUAAAAGAGACGUAUAAUAUUCCCGAUGGAAUUUUCGAAAACUGUAGGAAUCUUGAAACACUUAAGAUAAAUGACAAACUUACACAAGUUGGCUCAUACAGUUUCUAUGGAACAAGUAUUGGUGGUGAACUUGAAUUAAACUGUGAUUCCAUUGGACAAGAGGCAUUUUCUGGAACACUGAUUACAAAAUUAACCCUUAAUAGUAACUUAAUAAAUAUUUAUUAUACAGCAUUUCAAGAUUGUAAGCAAUUAAAAUCAGUUGUUAUCAAUUCAUAUCAAUUUUAUCUAAAACCUUGGAAUGAACCAAUUCAAUUUAGAAUAGAAAUAUUUAAAGGAUGUGAUAAUUUAUAUGAUUUCAAGAUGCCAAAUUCUGCAAACUAUUCCGUCCAAGAUGGUUAUGUCUCUGAUAAAAACGGAACAACUAUGAUUGGAUAUUUUGGUCAUCCAGGGGAGACAGAAUUAACAAUCCCUUCAACAGUUAACAAGCUAAAUCACUAUGCAUUUUCAAUGGGAAGAGAUAUUAAGCAGAUCAAUGUUGAUCAACUGGGGGUUAUAUUUUUGUGA